AUGGACACGCUGCUCUACAAGGCUAGCAGAAAAUCACAAGAAUUGGUACAAGAAGCAAUCCAAAAGGCAGGGGGAGCAAAGAAGAAGCUCGAAGAGCUCAUCCCCUCCUACCUGAUGGGGUACAAAGACGUCUUCGAAAAGAAAGCGGCAGAACGGUUCCCGAGCUCACGGGCAUGA